GUGCGUGUUACUGCAGUUUUCGUUAGUCUUUAUCUUUCACCCGGGACACCCUUACAGUUGUGUGUUGGUCUGGUCGAGGCUUGCGGAAGCGACAGUGAAAUCCGGAAGUUUGGGCGGUGGUUGAAACUAAGCAGCUGUCGAUUUCGGGUGUUCGCUUGUAGGAAAAACCAAAUACAGCCAAAAUGUCGAGCAAACGUGCCAAGGCAAAGAUCACCAAGAAGCGCCCUCAGCGUGCGACUUCCAAUGUCUUCGCUAUGUUCGAUCAGUCACAGAUUCAGGAAUUUAAGGAAGCAUUCAACAUGAUCGACCAGAACCGGGAUGGUUUUGUUGAUAAGGAGGAUCUUCAUGACAUGCUUGCUUCUCUUGGGAAGAACCCAACAGAUGAUUAUUUGGAGGCGAUGAUGACAGAAGCUCCUGGGCCUAUAAACUUCACUAUGUUCCUCACUAUGUUUGGAGAGAAGCUCAAUGGCACAGAUCCAGAGGAAGUCAUUCGCAAUGCAUUUGCCUGCUUUGACGAGGAAGGAACAGGCUUCAUUCCGGAGGACUAUCUGAGAGAACUUCUGACCACUAUGGGCGAUCGAUUCACAGAUGAAGAAGUCGAUGAGCUCUUCAGAGAAGCGCCAAUCGAUAAAAAGAGCAACUUCAACUACGUGGAGUUCACCCGUAUUCUUAAACAUGGAGCCAAAGACAAGGACGAUUAAAAAAACCAAACGAAAAACACCCUGCAUCCGUUUUAAAAAUCCCUUUUAGGCUAGAGAAAUCCCGUGCUGUCCCCUUGAGAACCCAACUUUAACUCUGGAAAUGAUGUGUUCACUCUUCACCACUCACUAGACCUCAUAUUUUGAACGGGUUAUGAUAUGGUAUCACAGAUAAAGUCGUGUCACUCUAGUACUGAAAUCCUCAUGGUUUGGGCUAUCAAAAUCUCUUUUGUUUUGAGGUGUUUAAAUGUUGUUUUUCUUACGUUAGCAUGCCAGUGUUUUGUUUUUAGGUGUAUGCCAACUGGAACAAAUUCCACUUUAUUUGUCACACCUUACUGUUAAUUGGGGAAGUAUUUUGUAAGUAUAGGGCUCUAAUGGAUCAUGUUUUCAUAUAUUUUGUCCAUGUCUAAGUUUUUUUUUUAACAGUGUAACUUUGUAGUUACAUUUAGCUAGUCGCACACAGGUAAGUUAUCUCAGACCUCUAAGACAGUCUUGUUUUUGUUUAAUCAGACAGUAAAAAAUGUGAACAUGUUGAUGUAUUUAGAUGCAUUUGAUCUCAUUGCCUAACUGAGUUUUUACAUCUGAUAAUAAGUAUUUUGAAUAAAUCUCUCAUAUUAAAACA